UGAUAUAGGUUCUAGACUUCGUUCACUCACACAAGCAUCACCUUUUACAGAGAUGUCGAAGCUUCUUCAUGGUUGUCACCUCACUUCUAUCCACCGCCGGAGUUGCGCCGCAAUUCUAUCCAAGCCUCUGCGUUCAAUUCGUGUGGUUUCCUCUCUCCAGCCCCAAUUCUCUCCCUCCAAACCCCAAAAUGCCCUCUCAUAUUUCUCCCCAUCUCUCCACCGCCGAAACCUCUCCCUCCGGGCAUUCGACUCCUCUUCCGAAACCAAAAGCGACGUCGUAUCCGAGGAGACAGGUGAGAAAGACUACAAAGACGACGAUGGUGCUCUCUCUUCUACCUCUGUGGCGGAGGAGUACCCGACCGGUGACUUCGAGUUCAAGGAAAUGAGUGGGUGGAUGAGCUUCGUCGUGAAGCUUCGAAUGCUCAUUGCGUUCCCCUGGGAACGCGUUCGCAAGGGCAGUGUUUUUACUAUGAAAUUGCGCGGCCAGAUAUCUGAUCAGCUGAAGAGCCGUUUCUCUUCAGGAUUAUCUUUACCUCAAAUUUGUGAAAACUUUAUAAAAGCAGCAUAUGAUCCUCGCAUCUCUGGUAUCUAUCUCCAUAUAGAACCUCUAAGUUGCGGGUGGGGUAAAGUUGAAGAAAUUCGGCGGCACAUAUUAGAUUUUAAGAAAUCAGGUAAAUUCAUCGUGGCUUAUGCCCCUGCAUGCGGAGAGAAAGAAUAUUACCUUGGUUCUGCUUGUGAUGAGCUAUAUGCACCCCCAAGUGCAUAUUUUUCUUUAUAUGGUCUGACUGUUCAAGCAUCCUUUCUUGGAGGUGUUUUUGAGAAAGUAGGAAUUGAACCACAAGUGCAAAGGAUUGGUAAAUACAAAAGUGCAGGGGAUCAACUUACACGCAAAACGAUGUCUGAAGAAAACUGUGAGAUGUUGACUGCAUUACUUGAUAAUAUCUAUGGAAAUUGGCUGGAUAAAAUUUCUUCAGCAAAAGGAAAGAAAAGAGAAGAUACUGAAAACUUCAUCAAUGAAGGAGUAUAUCAAGUAGAAAAGCUAAAAGAAGAGGGCUGGAUAACGAAUAUAAACUAUGAUGAUGAGGUUAUUUCUAUAUUGAAAGAGAGACUGGGACAGCCAAAGGAUAAAAAUCUUCCAAUGGUUGAUUACAGGAAAUACUCUAAAGUUAGGAAAUGGACCCUUGGUUUAUCUGGUGGUAAAGACCAAAUAGCUGUAAUCAGAGCAUCUGGAAGUAUCAGUCGUGUGCGCAGUCCAUUCAGCAUACCUGGUUCGGGUAUAACUAGUGAGCAAUUCAUUGAGAAGAUUCGUAGUGUGAGAGAUUCAAAAAGAUAUAAGGCUGUUAUCAUUCGCAUUGACAGCCCUGGAGGUGAUGCUCUUGCUUCUGAUUUAAUGUGGAGGGAAAUCAGACUUCUGGCUGCCUCAAAACCUGUCAUUGCAUCAAUGUCUGAUGUGGCUGCUAGCGGAGGGUACUACAUGGCAAUGGGAGCAGGGACUAUAGUUGCAGAAAAUCUUACUUUAACAGGUUCCAUUGGAGUUGUUACAGGGAAGUUCAAUUUGGGGACACUAUAUGAAAAAAUUGGCUUCAAUAAGGAGAUUAUAUCAAGGGGAAGAUUUGCUGAGCUCACAGCAGCUGAACAGCGGCCCUUCAGACCAGAUGAAGCAGAACUCUUUGCCAAGUCUGCCCAGAAUGCAUAUAAACAAUUUCGUGAUAAGGCGGCUUUUUCAAGAUCAAUGGCUGUAGAUAAGAUGGAGGAGAAUGCUCAAGGGAGAGUUUGGACUGGUAAAGAUGCAGCUUCACGAGGUUUAGUCGAUGCUAUUGGUGGGCUCUCUCGUGCUGUUGCUAUAGCAAAACAGAAGGCAGAUAUACCUCAAGACAGACCGGUUACUCUUGUUGAGUUGUCAAGACCGUCCCCUACUGUAUCAGAAAUCUUGACUGGCAUAGGAAGCUCUAUAGUGGGUGUGGACAGAACAUUGAAAGAACUACUGCAAGAUUUGACAUUUUCGAAUGGAGUUCAAGCCCGGAUGGACGGUAUACUGUUUCAGAAACUGGAGGAGGCUUCGGAUUCCAACCCCAUAUUCACUCUGGUGAAGGACUACCUAAGUUCUCUCUGAGCUCAACUUUGGUGAGAGGUCCAUCUCUGUUGUUUUCAAUGUACUUUGUUCAUAUUAUGUUAGAUUUUCAAAAUAUUGAGUCAGACAUUUUAGCCAAAGAAAAAUCACGACCAAUAAUUGUGGUCACCCAGCCAUGAUUUUCAAUUCCCUGCCAGAUUAUUUUCAUGUUUCAGUCAAAAUUUUGGGGAAAUGGUGGAAUCUCAGAAAUGGUUCUCAUGUUGGAUGGCCUAAUUUAAGAUGAAAUUAUAGUUUGAUAUUAUAAUGUUGAAUGCUUCCA